CCUGAUAAACAAAGGACGUGGUAACCACUUUAAGUUCCUCUUCCAACGCCUAGCUAGCUGAGAGGUCACAUAUAUAAUUGGUAUAUAGUGACCUCAAAUGCACGUUCUACUUUCCGUGGCUUGAAAAUAAAGGGCUCUUCUUGUUCCGCUCAAAUCAUUGCUUCAACUGAUCACAAAUGGGGAAGCAAAAAUGGCAGCACCAAGCUAAAGAGAUCUUGAAAAGCUGUGCGCUAUCUCCUACAGAAAUCUUCUACAUCUUCACACUCACGCUUCUCAGCCUCCUCCUCCCUCUCUCGUUUCUUCUUCUGGCCAGACUCUCCGGCGCCCAAUAUCAUCUUCAAUCCCUCAUCACUUGGUAUGAUCACUCGCCAAAACCCUUUCCUCAUCUCUUGUCUCUUGCCCUCCAAACCAACCCCGCAAUCCUCUGCGUUAUCGUCUCAUUUGUAAGCGUCGCCGCCCUCAUCCACGGCUUGACAGGCAAAAUCGCCCUUUUCAGCGGCUCGCCUAGCUCCGUUCACCGGCCUCGUCUCUUCACCGCGUGGGUUCUCCUCUGUACUUUUCAAGUGUGCGUCGGUCUGGGCAUCGAAGGGAGCAUAGCCGCGGGACUCUAUGAGUCUGAUUCGAGUUUUGGAGUGGAGAGGAGUUUGCUGAGCAGAGUGAUUUUUCUCAUGGGAUUGCACGGAACGAUGCAGUUUUGGUGCACAACGGUGGUGAAGCCGGUGGUGGAUGACACGGUGUUCGGCGGGGUCGCGAGGAGAGAAAGAUGGAUUGAGAAGAUGAUGAUGGCGGCGAGCCUGGGUGGUUUGUGGUGGUGGAAGCUGAGGGAAGAUGUGGAGACGCUGGUGGUUAUGGCGGAAGCAAAGAAGGAGCAAUUGAUGGAAGUGGGGGUGGCGGAUUUCAUCGGAUGGUGGUUGUAUUAUCUGACCGUUACCAUUGGGAUGGUGAGGGUGGUGAAGGCUCUCAUGUGGAUGGCCUCCGUUUGUCUGCGCCGAACAAGUGCAUCGGAGGUUGCUCCAGUUGAAUCCCACGACGACGACGACAAGGUGUAAAUUCAAUCGAUCAAUUCUAUAUAUAUUUUUUAUUUCCUCAAUUUCAUUUCUUCUUCGGCCAA